GAACAUGAUCGUGGCUCCGUUUCAAGCUGUUGAACGCUGAACUGUCUGAACUGACUGGUGUUUGAUGAUCACUCUGCAUUAUAGUGUUCCUGGACAUGACGGUGUGCACGCUGCUGAAGCGGACGGACGGGAUGGUCCGCACGUGCCUGGCGAGCGAGCACUACGACGCCACAUACCAGUGCGACUCGGGCGUGGUGCCGCACGGCGCGGCGGUGGAGCCGCGCUGCCGCCGCGACCACUUCGUGUGGGGGCCCUUCCGCUACAUGCACUGCAUCGACGGCGAGUGGCACCCGCGCGACGUCUCGUGGCACAACAUCUCCUGCCAGUACGCUACCGACAUCUACCGACACUAUGAAUAUGAAGAACAGAAGACGUCAACUACUCCAGGGGAACCCAUGAGAAUCGGUGAUAACACGACCAUAACGUACGCGACGGACACUUUCGGCAAGUCUAUUCAAGAUGAUGAUUGGGCUGAAAUAAGUCCACAGAUGGAAGAGUUUUUAACCAGAAAUUUUACGAAAAUGAGCAUCUGGAAGCGUCAAAAUAAAACCAAGCAGUCGAACACGAGAAUAAAUAUACCGGGUUUAUGGAAAGCCCACAAUGAGCGUGAACGAACCUCGGAUACAAAUAUAACUAGUAACAGCACCGGGAACCUUACAGAAAGCGCAAACAAACCGUUGAGUACUAAAUCAGCUAAUAAAAAGUUAAGAACCCCCCAAAUCGACAAGGCACAAGGGAAUUCGUUAACAAACUCCACCAAAAACGACAAUUUGCAAUUUCAUGGGCAUGCUAACGAAUCGAUGGAUGAUGAUUCCAUUCGAACAAAUUUCUGGAAACUCCAAAAAGAGGCUUUGAAGGCGGAAGCUAUUAGUACUAAACCAGCCAAUAAAAAGUUAAGAACCUCCCAAAUAGAUAAGGCACGAGACGAAUCGUUUAUAAAUUCCAUCAAAAACGGCAUUUCGCAAUCCCACAGGCAAGCUAACGAAUCGUUGGAGGAUGAUUCAAUUCGUACAAAUUUCUGGAAACUUCAGAAAGAGGCUUUGAAGGCGGAUGCUACUGGUACGAAAUCAGCCAAUAAAAAGUUAAGAACCUCCCAAAUAGAUAUGGCACGAGACGAAUCGUUUAUAAAUUCCAUCAAAAAUGACAUUUUGCAAUCUCACAGGCUAGCUGACGAAUCCUUGGAGGAUGAUUCAAUUCGUACAAAUUUCUGGAAACUCCAAAAAGAAGCUUUGAGGGCGGAUGCUACUGGUACGAAAUCAGCCAAUAAAAAGUUAAGAACCCCCCAAAUAGACAAGGCACGGGAAGAAUCGUUUAUAAAUUCCAGCAAAAACGACAUUUUCCAAUCUCACAGGCAAGCUAACGAAUCGUUGGACGAUGAUUCAAUUCGAACCAAUUUCUGGAAACUCCAAAAAUAUGCGUUAAAGGCGGAUGCUACUGGUACGAAAUUAUACAAUAAAAAGUUAAGAAAGUCCCAAACAGACAAGGCACAAGAGGAACCGUUUAUAAAUACCACCGAAACCGAUAUUUUCCAAUCUCAUGGGCAUGGUAACGCAUCGUUGGAUAAUGAUUCAACACAGCCACAAGGGGAAUCAUUUAUUAAUUCCAUCAAAAACGACAUUAUGCAAUUUCACAGGCAAGCUAACGAAUCGUUGCACGAUGAUUCAAUUCGAACAAAUUUCUGGAAACUCCAAAAAGAAGCGUUGAAGGCGGAAGCUAUUGGUAAUAAAUCAGCCAAUAAAAAGUUACGAAACCUCCAAAUAGACAAGACACGAAACGAAACGUUUAUUAAUUCCUCCAAAAACUACAUUUUGCAAUCUCACAGGCAAGCUAACGAGUCGUUGGACGAUGAUUCAAUUCGAUCCAAUUUCUGGAAACUCCAAAAAUAUGCGUUGAAGGCGGAGGCUACUGGUACUAACUCAGCCAAUAAAAAAUUAAGAACCCCUCAAAUAGACAAUGUACAAGGGGAACCGUUUAGAAAUACCACCAAAACCGAUAUUUUGCAAUCUCACAGGCAAGCUAACGACUCGUUGGAGGAUGAUUCAAAUCGUACAAAUUUCUGGAAACUCCAAAAAGAGGCUAUAAAGGCGAAUGCUAUUGCUACGAAAUCAGACAGUAAAAAGUUAAGAACCCCUCAAAUAGACAAGGCACGAGAAGAAUCGUUUAUAAAUUCCAUCAAAAACGACAUUAUGCAAUCUCACAGGCAAGCCAAUGAAUCAAUGGACGAUGAUUCAAUUCGAAGUUAUUUCUGGGAACUCCAAAAAGAGGCUUUGAAGGCGGAUGCUACUGGUACUAAAUCAGCCAACAAAAAGUUUACAAAAUCCCAAACAGGCAAAGCACUAGGCGUACCGUUUGUGAAUUCCAACAAAAACGACAUUUUGCAAUCUAAAAAGCAAACAAACGAAUCGUUAGACGAUGAUUCAAUUCGAACAAACUUCUGGAAACUCCAAAAAGAGGCUUUGAAGACAGAUGCUACUGGUACUAAAUCAACCAACAAAAACAUUAGAAAGUCCCAAACAGACAAGGCAAAAGGCAAACCGUUUAUAAAUUCCAUCAAAAACGACAUUUUGCAAUCGAACAGGCAACCUAACGAAUCCUUGGAUGAUGAUUCAAUUCGAACAAAUUUCUGGAAUCUUCAAAAGGAAGCCUUGAAGGCGAAUGUCUUUGAUACGAGUCUCUGGAAGAACCAGGGACACGCUGGCACAUCGAUUAAUAAAGCAGAUAAAACUAAAAUCAGGAAUACACGCAAUGAAAUUGGGGAGAAACCCAUAACAAAUACAAACAAAACAUACCUCUGGACCUCUCGAACUGAGAAUCGCAGUGAAUUACGCGCAAAAAUAAAUCCAAUAAGCAUCUGGAAGUCUGAGAGCGAGAACAACAGCGAAAUAUUCAACGCAAAAUCAACUAAAAUAAGUAUCUGGAAACCUCAGAGUCAAACCAGCGGGCCUUCAAGCACAAGUUCAUAUGAAUUAAGCAUUUGGAAGUCUCAGAGUGAAGAUUUCGCUAAACGGUUGAUUGUGAACACAAGUAAAGUUAGCAUCUGGAAGACCGACAAUGCAACCAGUGCGUCUUUAGACAUGGAUUGGAGAAAAAAUAAUAUAAGGAAGUCCCAGGAAGACUUGAACAAGUUAGUUUAUCCAAAUUUGCACAAAAUCAAGAGCAAACAUUUCCGGAAGAAGACCUCAAAGUGGUUGGGCAUGCACUCCGGCAGGCUCCGGGGCGGCCGGUAACAUGUUUUCUAUGUCAACAACAGAAAAGCUAUACUUGAUGUAAAUACAUAAACACAUCGAAUUUGACGUAUGAAGCAAGCGUUAACUAUAGGCGACAGAAGAUAAGAAGUUCGCUUUAAAAACGUGAAGCAUCAAUGAUGCUAUUAUUAAUUGUAAUUUGCCCCCCUUUGAUAGAGACCUCCUGUAUGCAUGUUCGUGAUCUGACGGAUAAAUGGUAAAAUAUAUCAAUUGUACCUCUAUAUCUCAUUAUAAUACAAACUUAAACAUAAUAUAGUGUUUAGAAAUAUUUUUUUUAUUAAUUAUAAUAGAGUUAUUCCCAUUAAUGAAAGUAGGGCAAUUACUAAAAUCACCCGUAGAUACAUCAUAUUAGAGUUAAUUUUAGAAAUUACCUGACAAUCUAAAGUGUUCUGCAUUAGCCGAAUACAUCGAAUACAUUUUAUAUAAAUACAUGACAUCACCUUUUGCACGGUAUAAUAACCCAAAAUCCGCUUUAACAUUGAUCGUACUUGGACUUAAUGAGAAGUAGACAAACUAAUGCAAA